UAGAUGUGUAGAUGUGUAAAUGUGUAGAUGUGUAGAUGUGUAGAUGUGUAAAUGUGUAGAUGUGUAGAUGUGUAAAUGUGUAAAUGUGUAAAUGCAGGUAGAGUGAUAGUGAUAUGAUCAGCUGGUCAGAUCUCAGUCAGCUAUAGAUCUGUACAGUCAUCGUCUUCUGAAGACUAAAGUCCACCCGGAGAGACCAGCAGCUGGUUCCAGGUGUUAAUGAUAAAACUACUUUUGCGUUGGGGUGCUCCAUGUAAACUCUUAAUGUGCGUUCCAUUACCCAUACUGCCAGAGUAUUUAGUAUACCAGAAACAUACAUAUACAUAUACAUACAGUAUGUCAAAGGCAGGAGGUUCUACUACAUCUACAUGUUCUGACCCACAAUCAGAUAUCAGAGCAAGAGGGUCAGAACUCAAGGUGCAGUGUUGUGAAGAAGUAUUAUCCCAAUAGCAUGCAAGGUGAAUGCAACAGUACGCACUCUGUAAGGGAAGCUGCACUAGAAGAUGAGAUUUGUAAUGUAGCCUCAGACUGAAGCUGCAUGUGACCUUCAGAGGAGUCUGGAGGGCGGAGCUGAGUCAUCAGGAAGAUCCAGCUCACCUGGACUGAUCCAACCUGAAACACACCUCUUGGUCCAGCUGUAGGAAGCACCUCUCACAACACCUCACUGGAGAAAUCUAAAGUUCGUAUCUCGAUGUCUUGGAGUCUGUUUGGAACAAAACAUCUUCUCAUAUUUAACAUUACUGCAGCCGCCUGAUGGAAGAACCAAUCAAAGUGCAACAGACUGACGGAGGAGAGAGACGAGGCCGAGAGACAACUCAAACACAUCAAGAGAGUGUCUCAGAUGGUGAUUGAGGAGGUGAGCGUUCUGCAGACUCAGCUGGAGAUUGAGAAGUCGUGCCGGGAGAAUGCAGAGGCCUUGGCCACAAAGCUGAACUGUGAGAACAGGAAGUUGAAGUACCUGAGCCUGUCAUCUCGUCCAUGUCUGGAGGAGCUGCUUCCCAGCAUCUCAGGCUGCAUCGCUCUGGAGGCUGACGCUGAUGCAGACACCGCAGAUGGAAACCCUGACACCUUCACACAGUACCAACAACAAGUUAAAGAGCUGAGGGAGACGGUAAACACCUUAUUGGAGGAGAAGAAGAAUUUCGUCUGUCAGAUUCAUGAACAGCAGAGACGGAUAGAAGAGCUGACUUCACAGUCAGAGAAAGAUCAGUCCGAGAUGAAGGAGCUUGGUGAAACUGUUGAGCAGCAACGUAAAACCAUCAAGAGAUUCAACAGAGUCUCCACGAUGGCGGCUCAGGAGUACGACGGGAUGAAGGAGCAGCUCGACUUGGAGCAGAGCCUGAGAGUCAAAGCUGAGACUUACGCACAUGAGAUGCUGGUGAAGCAGAAGGAGGCCAACAGGCAGAGUAUGCUGCUGCUGCAGAGUGCUGAGCCCAGCGUUCAGCUUCUGAAGGCUCUGGAGGACGUCGCUGCCGUCACCAAAACCCUGGAGGAGGAGCGUCUGCAGCAUCAGCAGAAGGUGGAGAGCCUGGAGGCCCAGCUGGAGCAGAGCUGUGUGAAGAAGCAGCUGGAGGCUCUGCAGAGGCAGCUGGAGCUGCUGGAGGUGGCCAAGAAGGAGGUGGAAGGACGACUGGAGCAGGAAGAGAAGAAGAACGAGGAGCUGGAGAACAGAGUCCAUGAGCUCCAGGAGACCCAGAAAGAGGUCGCCAUGACGAACAGCACGGCGCCCCCCCCCCCUGAACCCGGCGUCGCUCCGCCUCCCGCCCCCCCCCCACAGCCGCCUCCUCCGCCUCCUCCUCCACCUCCUCCCCCUCCGCCGCCUCCCCCCUCCAGAUGCAACCCCCUCAGCUCUCUGAUCGCCAUCAUGAGGAAAUCCUCUAAAGGCUCCAAAGCCUCAGUGAAGACGGAGCAGCCGCCAGCUGGCGAGGGUGACGACGUGAAGGCGAAGGCGGUGAAUGAAAUGAUGGAGAGGAUCAAACAUGGUGUCGUCCUGCGGUCUGUCAAGAGUCAGGACAGCAAGAGAGUAGCAGUAAAACCGCCUCCGAUCUGUGAGGAGAAACCACAGGAGAGCGCCAUGGAGGAACUGAAAGGCAUCCUGGAGACGGUGAAGCGGAGCCCCAGCCGAGGCUCUCAGGAGUCAGUGCCGUCUGGGCCGCCGGGGCCGCCGGGGCCGCCGGGGCCGCCGGGGCCGUCGGGGCCGUCGGGGCCGUCGGGGCCGUCGGGGCCAUCGGGGCCACCAGUCCCGCCACCUGGGAAGAAGGACAGCGAGCUGGAGGUCAUCCUGAGACGCCGACGCAACAAGGCGGGAGAAGCUGGCUCCGGAGAUGAGCGGGAGGGCCAGAUGAGCCACGUCUCCUCCUUGGACAGCCUGAACGGGAGGAGAACCAGCAGCGACUUGGGCAAGGAUCCAGAGGGGCCGGGAGUGCUGAGCGUCCCCUUGGACUCUGCGGGUCCUAGGGUCAGCCCGGAGAGACGGGGGUCGGGGCCGGGGCCCGUCGUGGCCAGGAGGAAGAGCUCCGACACGGGCAAAGAGCCCAGAGUGGGCUCCUGGCAGGAGAGGAGGUCCUGCAGCUCUCUGUCGGGGAAGGAAACAGCCGAGUCUCCGGUCAGCAACGGCUGCAGCAACAGCGUGGGGGAGGACGGUCAAAAUGCGACUGAGAAGUGUGUCCAGUCAAACGGAGUCGAACCUGGUGAGGACGCACACGCCACCACCGUCUGUGCCGGCCCGGUCAACGGCAGCGCCGACGCCGAGUGCUAGGAUGGACUCUGAGGAUCCAGGGCUUGUUUCUGCAAUCUGAUCCAUGCAUUUACUGGCUGAUGUGAGAGCGAUGUCAUUGAUAUUUACUAUCAGAUCAGACGGGUUAGGGUGGGGUCACACGUUUGCCUUUUGUUUAUUUGGUCAGAACCAGAGUGGAAAAGUUGUACUUUUGUAUUUGUGUUUUUUCAGAUUUACACAAACCUUUUACACACUAACCAGGGUCUGUACGGACUAACAUGUAGCUCAUUUAUUCAACAGGUUCGAGCAUUUCUGAUUCCAUUCCCUGAAGCUUUUUCACCACUCUUACACAUGUCAUAUAUCACAUCAUCGUUCUCAUGCUGCAGAUAAACUGUUGAGAACGUGUUUGGUGUGAACACACCCUAACCUGUCCAGCCAUCGUAGAAGCCCUACUUCCUCAAACAAACUGCAUCUGUCGCUUGUUAAAUGAGAGAGAUUCAAACUAUUAUUCUUGUCGAAACCAGCUUGAGCAAAAAACACCUGCUGAAGUUCAUGAAUUUGCACGUACCAACCAACCAACCAAUCAAUCAAUCAAGAACGUCAUUGUCAUUAUGCAAACAUAACGGAAUUGCAGUCAACCUCAAAUGGUGCAUUGUAUUAAAAGACUUGAGACACAUAUUUACAAGGAAUAAAUAAGGCAUGAAUGAGAUAAAAGAUUAAUAAUAAAUAUCAGUGAUAAAAAGGGCAGAAUCUGAGCAAUAUAAGAACAAAAAUAUAAGCAAUAAGAGUAUAAUACAAUAACAAAAUUAAAAAACAGUGACAGUUAAGUUACUAGUAGGAAACAAACUCAAAAUUCUGAUACAAAAAAGUUGUUUAUUUUUCAUACUUUUUUGUAAACAUUGCUUUUUUCCUCUUUAAUUUGAUACCUUUGGCGUCUAAAAACUAUUCAAAUGAAACAGUGGAAAAGUUUAAAUAUCACUCUUUAAUUGAACCUGCAUGGGACCUGUAAUAUAAUGAAUUAAUCAAUAAAAGCGCAUGUAAAAAAGGCUUAAAG